AUGAGCACAUCGCGACCCAUCUUCGAUCCGGUUGAUACAACCUUCGAUCCUUCGUUACACUCGCAGAAAGACGAUGUUGAAUCGCCUUCGCUAACGAGUGGAAAUGCCCUUGCUCGAUUCGAAUUCGAGCCAGGAAGGAGUAGAGAUGGCACAAAGGUCCUCAUGGUGGAGUGGGAGGAUGAUGCAUCGACGCGCGACGUGCAGGGUAGUUGGGAGAUCAGCUGGGAGGGCAAGAAGACGGUGCUGCCAGCACAAGAGUCUUCAGGUGAGCCUGGGGAAGAGCUGCCUGUCAACCGGAUAUACUUUAUGCUCGGUCCUGGAGUAUCAGUGCCAACAUCGGUCAAGCUUCGCAAAGUCACGGUACAGUGGCGGACAAACCCAUUGCCAGCCAUCUUUUCACCGGAGCUCGGCGCCACUGCAAGGCAAGCCGGCAAGAAGGGUGUCUUGCAUACAAUCUGGGCAAAGAAGCGGUUACAGGUCCUGCAGAAGGAGAUCGAUGCAGAGUCAGGGAAGAACAUCGAGGGCAUUGGUUUGGAGAUGGCGGCAGCCGAGAAAGAAUGGAUCGAAGACAAUUUUGGAGUUACCACGAAACCUGCGAGCAUUAGCACAUCCGCACAACCAGACAUGAGCGGCCCAACAAGUCCUCGAAGCCCCGGUGGAGGUAGACUGAUGGAUAAGCUGAAAGGCCUGAAGCUUGGAACGACCACACAUGAUCUUGGUGGACGCUCGCAGGAGAACACCACCGCGAACCAAAACCCACUGAGUCCAGAGGGCUCGGAUGUCGCGGUAGGCUCAUUUGGAGCAUUCGCUGCUCUGAAGGGCAUGCCGCCAUCCUCAGACCUCGCGGCAAAGCCUGCGCAGGUCCCGGAGAAUCAACGGAGAAUCGCUGCACAACGACCGCCCGAUUCGAUCGCAGCACUGCAGUCCCAGGGCGCCGAGAUGGCUUCGUUGAAUGCGUUCGCCAGUGGCGGUACCGGCUUUGCGAGCAUGCAGCCAGAAGAUGAAAAAGCUGACGGACUUUUUGCGCUACCAAUGAGUCCUCGGUCGCCAGAGAUGUCGAAAUCCCCCUUCUCCUUCGGCGCAGUCGAUACCAUGAAGUAUACACAAGGAAUAUAA